AUGCUCUCGACGCCUCAGAAGGUAAUUUCCUACCCGGUUUGGCAUUUCUUGUUUUUGGGGGUUUAUUUUAUAUUUUAUUAGUUUCUGUUGUUUUGUUGUGGAGUCCAACUGACCGAUCUGAUUAGGUGUUGAGGGAAACUUUGAGGGCUAGGAUGAGUACCUCUACGUUUGAUCUGAAUAAGGAGUCGGAGGAAAAGGAGAUUUACGAGGAUAUUGAGUCCGACGAUGAUGAAGACAAUGCUACGGAACUUGACGAGCCGGAGGGCGAGGAGGAGGAGCGGGGUAGGCAGAUGAGUAUUCUUACGGAGGAGGAGAAAAGGGAGAUUAGGAGGAUUAGGGGACGGGAGAGCUAUGCUAGGAGAAAGGAGGCAUCAGCAACAUUGGGCGGCACGAGCCAGGCUCAAACUCAAAAUGGGGAUGCAGUCCUCGAUAGACUCGAAUCCGUUGCAGGGAACGAGCAGUCAGUUGACAAGCUGGGUCCCGGAAGUUAUAGGAAGAAACGAAAGUCCGAUGCCGACCACGCCUAUCGGCCUGCGUCUUCUGACAGCGAAUCUAAUGACGAGGAAGUUGGAACACCCAAGAGGGCUAAGAGGAAAGUGUCCAAUCGGAGAUUAGCUUCUACGGUGACGGGGGAGGCAAGAGCAAAUGAGGAUUUUCCGACACCCCCCAAGAAGCAACGAGUGCGGGCUCACGACUCUGCAGAUGCGGGAUCUACGGUUGUUAGCAAGUUUAUUGAAGGUAGUAUGAGGGAUCGUGCAAGUGCAGUUCCCCCCAAAGAUAUCAUUGGGCUACUCCCCAGUUCUUCCCCGCUCAGACAUGAGGAAGAAAUCGCAUACGAACCGACAGAGAGACAGAGCACCGACAGCACUGGCAAUGCUACUAUGAGUUCUGCAAACACUAGCCUACUUGGUUCGAUAGGUACUGCGGCGGGUGCUCUGAAUCCGUUCAAGUUCGCUCACCGUAUCAAGGACAUAUGGGAAAAGCAGAAGGCUGAAUAUAUUGCUCAUGAGCGAAGGAAGAGGAUGUUGGCCGAUCGGAGAAAGAGGAGUGAGAAGGCCUACGAAGAAAUGAAGAGGCUCGGUGCAGCCCAGGGAUUGACUGGGAAUGCUGCUGCUGUUGCUGGCGCAAAUCAGAUCAGAUUUAAGUACGAAGAUUAUGUAAUGGCCGGAACGGAUGGCAAUCGUGAGGAUGUCGGAAUGGCUCUAAGCACAGACUCAGGUGACGAGGCUUCCGUUGGAGGCGAUGCAGCUGGUGCUAGUGGGGGGAAGGGGGUAUCGGGAGUGACCAAUUCCAUUGGGAGUGGAAUGGCUAUUUCCGUCGAGCAGCGUAACAGCGGCAGCGAGCCUGGUGAAUCUAGGGUUCGGGGGGAUCACUCUGUGAGAUCAUCGUUGUCAGAUCAUUCCCGUGGAUCCUCAACUUUUCCUAGGGCUUCCCAUCGCCGAAGUGUUAGCAUUGAUGGACGGAAAUCCCGCCACUCCAGAACGUCUUCGAGAGUGCUCUCCCCUCCUCUUGCAGAGGGUGCCGCCAACAAGUUGAAUGGAGUGGGGACAUUGGUCAAGAAGAAGAGCAAAGUCUUCGUCAACUCUAUCAUCGGAAAAGACAACAAGGAGGAUGACGGCACGGGAAAGGGUGAAUGCGGUCCAACAAAGCGCGAGCUCAAAAAGCGAGAACGGCUAAAGAACAAAGUCAGCAACCUGGAAGAACAACUUGAAAGAGCCAAACAAGAACUCGAUGACGCCACCCGGGGAACCAACGUCCCGCCCGUCCCACAAAUCCCACCACGCCUCGCAAGCUCCACCGUCAGGGCCGUCGCCGCCGCCGACCCGGAGACACCCCAACAUCAAAACCCCCGGCGAAGCAACGACUCGACAGCAAACCGGUCUGACAUUGCCGAAGGCGAAGAAACGGAAGUUGACGAUAACGAGGUGGAUGAGGGAUCCUCGAUGGUCCCACUGUCACCCGUUAGGAACACCAGUUUCGGCGGCAGCUUCAAUGCCACCGCCAUGGCCGGGAUGACGAUUAUUGAGAGUCUCGGUGAAGCCAAUCACACUUCUGCCCCCAGGAAUGCGCGUCGGCCGUAUUCGCUUGGGUCAGGAUUGCGUGCGCUGCCGAAGAGGGCUUCCACACCUGUAUUGGGGAACUUGGGCGGUGGGCGGAAUAAUGGUGCUUCGGCGGCAGCGACGGCGGGCCGUGGAGUGGGUGGUGCUAAGGGCGCCCGCCAUUCUCCGCCGCCCCCGGUUCCUGAUGUUGGGAGUGUACCGCCUGUGCCGAGGCUUUCGAGGAGGGUUAGCGGGCUAUAA